AUGAAGGAGACACAACAUAACACAACACAAACCACCCGAAAUAUGAACAAAAAACACAUAGCCAGUGUCACACUGAGCAACAAAAACAACUUUUUUCUGUAUUUUCUCACAAAUUUUGAUCUGUUACUGUUUUUCUUCCAAUGGAAACUAUUCUCUCCCCUCCUUUUUCUCCUCUCUUCAACCCCAAAACUUCCCUUUCAAAGCCUUUGCUUUCCCUUUCUCACUUAUCCAGAUCAACUAAGCCAAUUUGCUGUAGCCUCAGAAAACAGCAUUCCCAGAUUGAAAAAGAAUCUUUUUCAGUACCCAAAAGUUGGGUUUCUCAUGUCCAGCAAGGAUUAGCUGCUCUAGCUAUUUCUUUAGCCCUUAAUUUUUGUCCAGUUGUGUCUUCUGAUUCUGCAUUGGCAUCUGAAUUUGAUGUGUUAAAUGAAGGGCCACCAAAGGACUCAUAUGUAGUUGAUGAUGCUGGUGUGCUUAGCAGGGUGACAAAGUCUGAUUUGAAGGCAUUGUUGUCUGAUGUGGAGAAGAGAAAAGGCUUCCACAUUAAUUUCAUCACUGUCCGCAAGCUCACUAGCAAAGCUGAUGCUUUUGAGUAUGCUGACCAAGUUUUGGAGAAGUGGUACCCUAGUGUUGAACAAGGAAAUGAUAAGGGUAUAGUUGUGCUUGUUACAAGUCAAAAGGAAGGCGCAAUAACCGGUGGCCCUGAUUUUGUAAAGGCCGUUGGAGAUACUGUUCUUGAUGCUACCGUCUCAGAGAACCUUCCAGUGUUGGCUACUGAAGAGAAGUACAAUGAAGCAGUUUUCAGCACUGCCACACGUCUUGUUGCAGCCAUUGAUGGCCUUCCUGAUCCUGGUGGCCCCCAACUCAAGGAUAACAAAAGAGAGUCCAACUUCAAAUCCAGAGAGGAAACUGAUGAGAAAAGAGGACAAUUCACACUUGUGGUUGGUGGGCUGUUAGUGAUUGCUUUUGUUGUUCCUAUGGCUCAAUACUAUGCAUAUGUUUCAAAGAAGUGAACUGUCUGAUUCUGGAAAGUUACAUUUUCGUGAGAUUUGAGUAAGCAUGUAUAUUAUCGUGUACAAAAUGGUCCAUUCGGAAAUGACUGAUUCAUGAGAUAUUUAAAAAGGAUAAAUAUGAAGAUUUGGACCUC